AUUAUUAUUUUGUAAAUUAUAUGUAUUUUUCAUUAUUUAUAAUUAUGUUUUGGCGCGUUUCUCUCCAGCGCUACAUUAUAUCUAUAGGCGUACGUGUUUUUUCGUCGACUAGCUCUCUUACGUCGCUCGUCUAAGUUGGACGGUCCAACCGACCACUGGUCUCGUGUACCCCGCGCACAGGUGUACUUAAUUAUUCUUUUCUUACUUAUUUAAAUUGUGUCAUGAUUAACUACCGAAUACAAAAUCGUUUUUAAGCUAAUACCUAAUAGUUUUACUUUAUUUUUUUUAACAGUAGUAUCAAUUAAUUUUCUCUUUUGUCACAGGCCCAGGUUCUGCGAUGCUAACACUAAACUAUUGCGAGGUUUACGUACAUGUCGGGGGUAGUUGUUCUUUCGUCGUAACAGCCAGAUUUUAUUUACUACUAGAAUCGAUGAAAUUGGAGCAGAGCAAUAUUGUAAUUCUACCAAAUUCCAAAUAUAAAAAAUGCCAUUUUAAUUUUUUUCCUAAUGUAUUUUAAAAUUUAAAUAUUAUACUUGUAAUUAGAUAUUACCAUUGAUUAUGGAAUAGACUAUUUAGUAUUUUAUAAUCAAUGAUAGUACUGUCUCGAGGAUCUUAAUUAACUUCAUCUCGUGUCUAACUUUCGUCACAAUGAAUGACAUCACUAACAUCACUGUCUAUAAUAUGGUUUAUAUACAUAUAUUUAAUGGUAUAUGGUUAUAUGGUAUAUAUAUGUGUAAAGUUAAUAACUGAAUUUUGUAACCUUAACAUAGACCUUAUACCCUGAGUAUAAUAAUGGUCUAUAAAAUAUUUUUUUAUUGAUACCAUUAUCACAAUGUAACAAAAUAUUAUCAUGAAUUGUUUGAGUUGGGUGCAGUCACGGACAAGUUUUUGAUAAAUUUACUAUAUUAAUUUAUUUAUUGGUUGCAAACAAUUUUAAUAUUCUGUUUUUCGAAGACGUUGAAUUGGGAUUUUGACUUUUGACGAGUUUAUUGUUUUUCUGAAUAUACCAAAAAAUAGGAUGAUAUAUGAGCUAAAAAUAAGCUGACAUUAAUAGGAACACAAUAAUAUGGCCUUUUUUAUGCAUUUGAGUCGAGAAGAAUACUCAGAAUUUGUUUGCGGUUGUGGAGCUGCUAUUAUCAAUAUUGGCAUUACCUUCCCAAUUAAUAAAAUCAUAUUCAGACAGAUGCUACAUGGAGUAGGCCUAAGGAAUGCAGCUUCUCAACUUAUGAAUGAGGGGUUUUCUACUCUUUAUCGAGGGAUUUAUCCACCAUUAUUUCAGAAGACAAUUUCUACAUCAUUAAUGUUUGGUACUUAUGAUGCAAUCCAAAAACCACUUUUGGAAUGUAAUUUAAACACCAGAUUAGCAAAAAUCAUUGCAGCAUUGGUAGCUGGUACAGCGGAAGCUACAUUAACACCAUUUGAACGUGUACAAACGUUACUUCAGAAUAACCAUUAUAAUAAAAAUUUUAUAAAUAUGCGACAUGCAAUUAAAGUUAUUGCUACUGAUUAUUCAGUGUCUGAAUUUUACCGUGGUCUUACACCAAUUUUGUUGCGUAACGGGCCUUCUAAUAUUUCCUUUUUCUUAUUACGCGAAGCUGCCAAUUCAUAUAUUGUAAUACCCUCUACUGCAUGGACAGGCUAUAAGUUGUUUAAAGAGUUUCUGACCGGGGCAUUUAUUGGUGCUUUAAACAGUGCUCUAUUUUAUCCAUGUAAUGUACUUAAAGUACACAUGCAAAGCAACUUGGGUGGUCCAUUUAAAAGUAUUAAAGAAGCAGCAAUUGAAAUUUAUCAAGAACGUGGAAAUAGAAUAUCAUAUUUUUAUCGAGGAGUGCAUAUGAAUUAUACAAGGUCAUUUAUAAGUUGGGGCGUGGUUAAUGUCGCUUAUGAAAAUUUAAAGCAUUUUUUAAAAAAUAACUAAAUGACAUGUAAUAUUAGAUCAUUAUUUUUGCUUCUUAAAAAUAU